ACAGGAACGUUCCGAAGAGCGGCGGCAGCUUACACGAGCGAGGCGAUACGUUUGGGUUCUUGUUCUUAUACGUUUGUAGUGAUCAUAUGCAGUGUUGCGAUCGAUAUGGGCAAGAAGUCGUUGCUCAGCUCUUGAUGGAGACACAUCACCUCAAAGCUCUAUACAUAUCGCAGAGUGAGAUGACAUUACAACCCUGUGGAGCUAUGCAAGAUAAAACGAUUGCCUGUGCAAAGACAUAUUUCGUUCAACCAGUUCGUGAAAUGAAUUGCCUUCGAUUGAAGAAACCGGCCUGUCACUGCAGCCGUGAAAGGAAGAGAUUAUGUUUUGCGAUAGUGUAUGUGAUUGUCGGACUUCUUGCAGGCGUAGGAGUCGUUUUCUUAAGUCACUCUUUAGGCAGUUGCCUCGCAGGAGGAGCAGCGGGGACGACGGCAGGGGCAAACACAUCUAGCAGCCUACCAAAAACUAAUUCGUCGACCGCAGACAAAUUCGAUCCCCACGAUGCCAUCGCCAGCAGCCCAGCAGAAACGAAUUAUUCGGCAGCAGCGACAGACUUCUCCGAUCCCCACGAAGCCAUCGCGCGGGAAUGGCGGAACCUGCGACAUCUGGGCUGCCAGCCAACGGUGAUAAGUGUGGACGUGCUGGGCUUGCUUGGGCCGCGAGAUGACCUACAAGACAAAGACUUCAGUCCAAAGAAACUUACGGUCAGACGCUGCUUGCCGACACAGAGCUUCUGUGAGGCGAAAGGACAUGCUUGUGUUCCUAGCGAGGACGGCGUGAGGAAGAAGAAAUUUGCUUUGGAAUUCCGAGAAAAAGGCGAAACUCAGACUCGUUGGAGGGAAACUACGGAGGAAGUUGCGUGCGAGUGUCGUCCCGUCGGCUGAGCAACUCGGGUUCCUCGCUUCACUUACUUUGCCAAUGUGGGUGUUCAUUAGAGGAAUAUAAUUACUGUGUCUCAGGUACAGGAUUGGCUUCCUUUUUUAUGGGUAUACACGCACACACACGCACACACACGCGCGCGCACACGCACAUGCACACACGCACAUGCACACGCACAUGCACACACACACACAUGUAGUAGAUGUUAUUGCAUCUACUACUUGGACUGGUCUAUAUCUCUUAAUGAAGUGAUUGUUGUGGGUGAGUGCUCACAGGUGUGGCUGUGUGCUGAAGAUGAAGUGAAUAUCAACGGGGGAGCCGGUAGGAUCCCCAGUCGGCUAUAUUUAUUUAUGAUAAUAGUUUUUUUUUUAUGAAGAACUGUCUCAUAAGAAUCGAUUGUAGCAUACAGACAGAACAAAGAGAACGCGAAAUAAACAAAUGAUACAUAUA